AUGGAUUCGUUAGUACGACGAAGAUGCCUUGCGCAUAUCGCUCGCAGUCGCAUACUCGGUCUGCGCCACACCAGCACCGCAACAAGCACAACGUCGCCGCCAUCCCGACACAACCUUCCUCCCGCCGCAUCUCCCACUACAACCCUCAGACCGAAGCCCACGCCAUCGUCUUCAACAGCAACAAAAGACAUUGUACCGCCGAAACCAGUGGAUCUGCAACGAUACCACGUCUCUUCUCCUCCCACCCCCGUCCAACAAACCUACACAACCCGCUACUUUCAAAACCCUUCCUCGCCUCCAAUUCACCUCUGGACCGCUGCAAAGUUCUCGACUAUUCCACGGUCCCCAUACCCAGAGGUGUGUUUCGUGGGUCGCUCCAAUGUUGGCAAAUCCUCUUUACUCAAUGCCGUAUUCGGGCGCCCGAAAGAGAAGAUUGCAAGAGUUAGUUCCAAGGCUGGACACACGAAAACACUGAAUGCAUUUGGUGUUGGUGGCAGUCAAAGGGAUAAUGCUGCCAAAGAGCCAUUGAAACAAUUGAUGCAAGGCGCAUUAGUCGUAGUUGACACACCCGGCUACGGCUACCACUCACGUCAAGAAUGGGGACCCGAAAUCAACAAGUUUUUCGAAAAGAGAAAGCAAUUGCGCAAAGUCUUUUUGCUCAUCGACGCUCUACACGGCAUUAAACCUCGAGACUUGGUCCUGCUGCAACAUUUCGAGCAACAAGGCAUUGAUUACCAAAUCAUCCUUUCCAAAGUCGACAGAAUAGUGAUGACAGAUUCUAAAGUCCCUGGUGCGGAAAAGCUGACUCGCAAUGUGGGCAAACUGGAUAGGAUAUAUCAAGAGGUGGAAGAGCAGUUGGCUACUUUGGAUGAAGGCAAGAGAAAGAAGAAAAGAGACGUGUUGGCUGCGAGUGCUGAGAAACAAAUCAAGGGCCUACAAGGAUGGGGAGGAGGUGCAAAGAUUGGGAUUGAAGCUGUGAGAUGGGCGGUGCUCAAGGCAUGUGGCUUGGAUUGUGACGAACAGGGCAACAGAAGGAUUGUCGAGGGCUUGGAGAUCCAAGACGAGGAGGAGGGUGACGAGGAGGUUGUGGCUUGGAGGCCUCAGAACUAG